GUUAUCCUAACACCCUGAGUCCCUGACCCAAAAAUCUAGAGGCAGGCACAGAACAUUAGCACAUGAGUCCACUGUAAAGAUUAUGUCGGCUUCCCAAUUCCCACCCAUAUGGCCAUGACCCAACUCAGUCUCACUCCGUUAAAUUUACAGAAAGAUUGUUUGUGAUUACAGAUGUUAGAUUCCAACUUCCAAGCAAUGAAGUUGUAUACCAAAAUGUGGGCUCUUCACAAACACAAAUCUUCAUUACUUAAACUAUCUGUAAUCAUCUUGGCCACUUUUUUUGCUCUUAGAGCUUUUCUUUAUAAUUCCUCUGGAUUUCCUCCUGAUUCUCCUCUCUUACAAAAACCCACUUCCAUUCAAUCCCCAUCUCCUGUUUUUCUUCAAUCUUUGCCUGAAUCUUUACCUAAUGUUUCAGAAUCCAGAAUUGUUGAUGAAUUGUCACAACAAACAGGAAAGUGUGAUCUUUUUUCUGGGGAAUGGAUCCCGAAUCCAUCUGGACCUGCAUACAUUAAUGAAACAUGCAAUUUCAUUGAAGAACAUCAAAACUGCAUGAAGAAUGGAAGGCCAGAUUCUGAAUAUCUUUAUUGGAAGUGGAAACCGAAGAAUUGUGAGUUACCAGAGUUCAAUGCAAUGAGAUUUCUUGAGAUGAUGCAGAACAAAACAUGGGCAUUUAUCGGUGACUCGAUUUCUCGAAAUCAUGUGCAAUCCUUGAUUUGUAUGCUAUCAAAGGUGGACGAAGCAGACCUUUUUUAUCAUGAUGAAGGAUACAAAUCUAAAGGAUGGCGCUUCCCAUCUUACAACUUGACCGUAUAUGUUUUAUGGUCUCCAUUUCUCACAGAAGCCGCAAUUUUUGAAGAUAUCAAUGGUGUCUCUAGUCAAGAUAUUGAACUGCACCUUGAUAAACUCGAUAAGACGUGGACUGAUUUAUACAAAACAUUCGACUACAUGAUCUUCUCCUCAGGAAAGUGGCUACAGAAAACAGCAAUUUAUUAUGAGAACGAAACAAUUUUGGGAUGCCAUAUCUGUCAGAAGAACUACACAAGCCUUAAUUUUGACUUUGCGUACCGCAAAAUCCUGCGGUUGGUGUUCGAUUUUAUCUCUACAUCUGAUCAUAAAGGGCUAAUCUUUUUCAGAACGUCUACUCCAGAUCAUUUUGAAGGUGGGAAAUGGUCUAAUGGUGGAAAGUGCAACAGAACAGUCCCAUUUAAAGAAGGUGGGAUUGAGAUGAAAGAGCUGUUAAAAUCGCUGCGACAUAUUGAGCUGGAGGAAUUCGACAGUGCGUUAACACAAGCAUCUAAAAACGGUGUGCGCAUGAAACUUCUUGAUUUGAUGCAGCUUUCGUUGUUAAGGCCGGAUGGGCAUCCUGGUCCUUACAGACAGUUUUACCCUUUCGCAAACAACAAAAACGCGCAAGUUCAGUAUGAUUGUUUGCAUUGGUGCUUGCCUGGGCCUAUAGAUGCUUGGAAUGAUGUAAUUAUGGAAAUGUUAGUGAGUGGAUGAGAUUUCUUUGAUAAAAAUGGGGAACAACAAGUGGAACUGCGAAAUCGGACAGGGUCCUUUGGUGGCUUAUACAGUAGGUUUAGUCCUCAGACUUUUUCGGAAGCCAUUAUUCAUGAUAUGUUUUCAAAUGGUUAUGUUAUGUUCGGACAGGGUUCUUUUGUGCGGGUUUUGUUUUCAAAUAGUUAUGUUUUGUGAAGUACAUGAUUUCUUUGUUGCGAAGCAGUAAACUUGCAAUUAGGGCUGCAAGAAGUUUUGUUUAAAGGGUAAACCAAAUUGGACUAAACUGUAAUUUGAUUGUUUGAUCAAUUUGAUCUGUUUUUUGUGGUUUUGUAUUUUAUACAAAUUGGUUUAUG